CGCUCACUCUGCUGGUCUAACUCCCCCCAGCGAAAGAGAGAGAGAGAGAGAGAGAGGAAGCGUGGUCCAUGUGGCUGCAGUGCUGUCGUGCAGUGGGAAACUGUGAAUGCCUUUCACAUGCAAGACCAUGCUAUGCACCUCACAGCAGCAGGCCAUCAAGAAACGAGCAAUCAAUCAAUCAAUCAAUCCCAUGAAUAUAGAAAUAUUAGAGCCCGUUUUAUGUUCAUCACAUAGGGCCAUGGCAAGAAACCUCUGGCAUGCAUUCUAAGUGCUGUGUAUAAAUACAGGACAUGAUGGGGUUGUGGGGAACGGCCUAAUAUCCUUCUCUCAGCUACUACCCAAAGCUACUACUACUCCAUGAUGAUGACUCAACGAAAGCUGCUCUCCAUCCUUCUUUUGCUUGCUGUGUCGCUUGCCGUCUGCUACGCUGAAUGUGAGUGCGAUGCGUCAGAACAAGAGUGCGUCCGACAGUGCGUCAUUGAUGCAGAUGACUGUAUCACCAACUGCGAGGGUGAUACAGAUUGCUAUGAAGGAUGCAUUGUCAACAAGUGGCCAUCUGCCGCUAGUGUGAGCCAAGCUGCCGUGUCAAGUACGCCAGCGCCGUCCGCUACAUCCAGCAGCGCAAGCUAUUCGUCAGCAUCCACCUCGUCUCAGUAUUCCAGCGCUUCUGUCUCUGCAACCAGUCAUCCCUCGCCUACGAGCAGCACCAAUGUCAGCAACAAGAUAAACAGCGGGGCGCAGUCCAUCUUCACGAGCUCCUCCUCCUCGUUGAUUGCCUUGGUUUCAGCAGUAUUCUUCUUUGCAUUCUCGUCCUUAGUUUAAACUUUCAUCGUCAUAAUAAACAUUUCAUAUGCU